AUGUCGACAGUAGCCCGCGCUCUCCGCCCGGCAGCUCGCCGCCUCCGCGUAACGGCGCCGGCACCCACGACGACGGCGGCGGCGGCGCCCCUGAUCCUCCGCAGAUGCUUCGCCGACAAGCCGCCGGUCUACACCGAGUCCGCCGUCAACAGCGAGCUGGGCGUCGGCGAGUUCGAGGGCAUCAAGUUCCGCGUCGAGCCGCUGCGGCGUCAGGGCGAGGACGAGCGGACCAUGCGCGCCCGUCUUCUUUACCAGUCCCGCAAGCGCGGAACCCUCGAAUCAGACCUCCUCAUGUCAACCUUCGCCAACGAACACCUCCCGCACAUGACAAAGUCCCAAAUGGCGCAGUACGACCUCUUCCUCGACGAGAACGACUGGGACAUUUACUACUGGGCCACCCAGGAAGAAGCCCCCUCCGCCUCGGCCUCGACCACAAAGACGUCGUCCUCCUCUUCCCCCAACGACACGCUCGCCUCCUCCACCGUCAACGCGGCAGAAUCCUACCGCCCCGUCGGCUCCGGCGCCGCCUCGACGAUCGACUCCGGCAAGACCUCUAAGCCGAAAGAGGAUGUCCGCACGCAGGACGUCCCGGGCGAGUGGGCCAACACCGUCGGCUCUUUCAAGGCGCAGUACCGCCCCGUGCCCGUGCGAUGGCAGGGUAGCGAGAUUUUGGAGAUGCUGAGGGCCCACGUGCGGAGCCGGCGUGCGGACGGGACUGUUGGUGUGCACCGGGACGUGCAGGAGCGCAAGGAGGGUGGGCUUGGGUUUAUGCCGCCUCUGUUUGACGUUGAUAGCGCGGGCAAGAACUAG